AUGGCUACAAGUCGGGGUGCCUUUAUCUCGAGGGCAUUAGCAUCCUUCAUCCAAUAUGUUGGCCUGAUAAAAGCAGACUCGGAGUUUAUGGAUAAGGAUGAGAACAACGAUACUGUCUUCCAGGCCAAGUUCAAGGCACUCCUCCCAUUCUGCGUUGAACCACCCCGCGUUCGACUGCUGGGCGCUUUUGACACUGUCAAGACUGUGAUACCUCUCCCUGUCACCAACUAUCUAAGCCAUGGUGCAUCAAACAUUGAUUUUGAAAUGGACGCCCCUGGCAUCGUGGACCACUUCCGGCACGCCCUUGCACUCAACGAAGCGCGUCCGUUGUUUAACCCCGACCUUUGGAAAUCUGACGCCGAUUCAGCAGAUAGUAGCUAUCUGGAAGCGUGGUUCUUUGGUUACCAUCAUGACAUUGGUGGUGGUCGCAAAGUGCAGGGUCUAGCAUUGUGGCCUCUGCAAUGGAUUCUUCAAGCCGCCAAAGACUACGGACUCGUCCUCGAUCCCAAGAUGGAACCCUACGAUGUCCUGUUUACCGGCGAGGAUAAUGUCAUUCAAACUCCGCAUGAUAUUGCAAUGAAGAUGUUCGACAUGAUCAACCACCACACGGCGACUCGAGCGUGGGGCCUGGCUCUCAACAUGUCUGGUUCAUACAUGGCGUCAGAGCCCAGGAACUACCUUGAAUAUCUCACGACGCCACCAUAUCUCAAAAUAUUGAAACCAAAGGUGUUUCUACAUCCCUCUGCAUACCUGGUCUUUGAUGUCAGUUCUUCUUUCAGGCUACAAGUGUACCAAUGGAAGUAUUUCAGAAACUUUUUGAGAGAUCGUUUCAUCACCCUGCCCCAGGGUACGAUACCGUGGUGGGAGAAGCAGACAGUGAAUGGUAUUUUGAAGGCGGGUUCGAGGAUAGUGCAGCGCCUGAAUCUACUGGUUAUCGGAAGACCAGGCAUGGGGAAGUCGGAACUGAUUGGAAGGGUCUUUGGUAAUAUUCAAAAGACAAAACAUGAUAUCAACACACCCAUCAGAAUCCCUGAUAAUGACCGAGUGCGGAUUUACCUCUCCAAUGGGUUUGGUGAAGGCGGCAGUGAUGACCAUGCUCGCAUCGAGGCAUUUCUUGAACAGCAUCGCAAUACCGCCGAUGUUCGGGAGCAGAUCCACGCCAUGUGGUACUUCCUCGACUGCUCUCAAAAGAAAGUUCCCCCUUCAGAAAAGGAGUUUUUUGAAAUGAAUUUUGGUCAAAUUCCUAUUUUGGUGGUUCUGAGGAACGAGGACAAAUUACUGAAUCAGAUCAAGGAAAUCCUUGAUCGGGAUUUCAGUACCGAAAUCGAUAUCCUAUCUGAGCUUAAUGCAGCGAUCGAGAAUGUGAAAAUCCAAUGCAAAAGUCUACCGGUGCGCACUUAUGUUAAUGCUCAGAGUCCUCUGGACACGCCAAAGAACCUCCUCAUAGAGACUUCAAUGAACCUGGAGAGCGAAGCUGUCCAUGUAGCGUUGAUCAAGGCACAGCGUAUCGAGCUUAAACCCAAGAUUGCGUUGGCGACCCAGGAAAGCGUGCGAGCAUACACAAUUUGGCACAGCUUCAAGUUUGGUGGGAAGAGGUUCGACUUCAAUCGGAAUGAGAAACCCGAGGGAAUGAAGCUGUCAAUGAUGCUUAUGGAGCCUAUCCUUGUAAGCUUUAAUAUUCGGUUCACCGGAGACGCCACACUAAUCCAGUCUCUCGUCGGGACACCCUGGGAUGCCAUCGACCAGUACAUGAAUGGACUAUGGGAUGAUUCCCUUCCAGCGGACCUGAUCCUGACAUGCAUGCUCGAUACCAUACUCAUCAUGGCAUACGUCCUGUUACAUCAACGAAUUAAUGGGAAGCUCAAGAGUCGCAAAGACAACGCACAGCCCUUAUCCGCAUCAGAUAUUGAAAAGGCUUGUGAGUGGUACACAACACAAAAGGAGAACAGGCAGGCAGAGACUCAUACAAAGAUCAAAGAGUUACUGGCCGAGAAUGGAUCUCCAAAAGACUCUUCCAUUGCCAACUUGCAGAUGAAGAUCAUCGAAACUGUGGAGCUACAGUCAGAUACCGCCGGCGAGGACCUGUUAUAUUCAGCGGUCAUGAAAGGUACGACAGCGGUCAUGAAAGGUACGACGGCGGUCGUGCAAGGUACGGCAGCGGCCAUCGGAGGUGCCACAGCCGCCAUUGCAGAUGCGACAAUGGCCAUCGGUGGUGCGACAUUCGCCAUUGGGGGGGCGACAGGGGCUAUGAUGGGAGAUGCGACAGGGGCGAUUAUGGGAGGUGCGACGGGGAUCUUUGGAGGUGCGGUCAAGAAUAUGAAGGGUAUAAGGAAGGGUCUUUUUAGAUGA